AUGCUUAUUGAUAUAGUCUUUACCAAUUGGCUUUUGAUGUAUUUAGUGGAUGAAGAAGUUGUUGAAUUUUUGAUUAAUGCUAUUAAAUGGCUCAGGCCUGGCGGUUAUUUACAUUUGAGAGAGUCCUGCUCUGAACCUAGCAGCAAAAAAUCUAAUAAUUCGCUACAUUCUAAUUCUGAUAAUAUCAAUCCAACUAAAUAUCGCUUUUCAUCCGCAUAUAUUCAAUUGCUCAGAUCAAUUAAUUUUAAAAGCAGAGAUGGAAACGUUUGGGGGUUUAAAAUCCACUGGGCUUGCUCUGUUAAUGUUUAUAUUCAAAAAAAUGCAAAUUGGAGACAAGUGCAUUGGCUAGUAAGCAAAGUUCCUAAAAAGGAAAAAUUGAUGCCAAAUUUGGGUAUAAUGCUAGGAGAGAAGUGGCCUGAAGAGCAGAAGGAAUGGGACAAUAAACUUGACUUGGUUUCGAAUGAGAAUCAGAAUGUUUGUAAAUAA